AUGGACUUAAACUUAUUUCAAUUUUUUACAAAAGAUUUACCUGUUGAAGUUAAGUAUAUCAACAAUGCUAGAGGUAAAGGACUAUUUGCUACAAAUUGCUUUAAUGAAGGAGACGAAAUUUUUAAGGAGAACCCGCUGGUUUGCGCUCAGUUCUUAUGGAAUGAAUUUUAUAAGUAUGAGGCAUGUGAAUAUUGUCUAAGAUCCUUGGAAGAUGCUGAAACUAUGGCGCGAAGGUUAUCUGGCAACCCCAACGUUGUCUUACCCCAUAAAGAGUAUUGCAGCACGUAUGCAAUGGAGAAUUAUGUCAAAUGCCCACGAUGUCAGGUAACUAUGUACUGCAGUUCUACGUGCUUGGAGAAGGCAGUCAAAGAAUAUCAUCGCAGUCUAUGUUGCGGUUCCAACAAUUGCAGGCCGGAUCAUUCACUUAACAGGCUGAGAGAAACUUGGAGGAAUAUCCAUUAUCCACCAGAGACUAGCAGCAUCAUGCUUAUAGCUAAAAUGAUAGCCAUGAUUGAACAGGCAGAUGACCCAAUGGAUGUGCUUAAAUUGUUCUCGCAAUUUUCUCGUGUAACUGCCAAUAACGAAGCUCACGUAGCACACAAGUUAUUUGGGAAACAAUUUGUGGAACAGAUUGAAAUUCUUCGUUUGGAAUUAAUAAACACUUUGCCUAGUAGUAAAAUCACUGAAUGGUAUACACCGGGUGGUUUUCGAUCUCUUCUCGCUAUGAUUGGAACCAACGGUCAAGGCAUUGCGUCAAGUUCUUUUAGCCAGUAUGCUCGAAAUGUCGAUGCUGCGAAAUUUGAGAAACAGGAAGAAGAUUACAUUAAUUCCUUCCUGGAUCAAUUGUAUGCAGAUAUGAAUGAAGAAUCUGGGGAUUUCUUAGAUUGUGAAGGUUCUGGCUUAUAUUUGCUACAGUCUUGCUGCAAUCAUGACUGUAGCCCUAAUGUAGAAAUAAAUUUUUUGGAUAAUAAUGCGACUUUAACGGUGAAAGCAAUUAGGAACAUCUCCGAAGGGCAGGAGCUUUGUAUUUCGUACAUCGAUUCGGAUAUUAAAAAUUGGAAAAAGCGCCAAGCAAUACUGAUGGAAAAUUAUCUAUUCGAGUGUACUUGUAAUAGAUGUAUGGUAGAAUCGCAGCAGCCUGAACCAUUGUCUUCAAGUGAAAGUGAGGAUUCGGAUGACAUGGAUGUUGGUGACUGA